AUGGAUUCAUCCUCGGACGAGAAUUUGGCAUUAGCCAGAAAACGUCUUUCCAAGCACUCCGGUGAUACCAGCAGCGAUAGGCUGGAAUUGCCAGCAUGGAUACAAAAUAUAAACUGGAUGGUCGAAACUGUGUCGGCCUUCUUUGCUAUGAUUUCUUUCACAGUCCUGAUCGUCAUUUUGAAACAUUACGAGGGCAUUUCCCCCACGGCCUGGCCCUUUGCAGGCCUGACCCUCAACGGUCUCAUCGCAGCAUUGGCAACAAUCACCCGGGUGGCUUUGUCCAUCUUGAUAUCAUCAUCUCUAGGUCAAUACAAAUGGCUCUGGUAUUCCCAAGUGAGUCCUCGGAAGAUGCGCGACAUCGAUACCUUUGACCAGGCUUCAAGGGGUGUCUGGGGCAGCGUGGUUCUUCUUUGGAGGUUGAAAGGCCGUCAUCUCGCGUCAUUCGCUGCAGCCUUGACAAUCCUAGGACUAGCAUUCGAUGUAUUUGCGCAGCAGAUUAUUUCUGUCGAGGAUCGGGUAGUCCCUAUGAACAUUACGUCGAAUGAUCAGCUUCCACGCGUUCAGCGAGGUGACAAGUACGCGCCCGAGACAAACCUGGAAACUCCUCCACUGGAAUUGGUAGCCUCAUUCUAUUCGGGCCUGUUGGCCGGGAAUUUUACACCGUCGAAUCCCGUGUGCUCUACUGGGAAUUGCACAUGGCCCACUGUCUCUUCCCUGGCUGUCUGUGGUGGAUGCACUGAUGUUUCGUCAAAACUCAUAUCCACCAGCCACCACAUAAACAAAGGACACACUACUUAUAAAUAUGCCCUUCCCGACGGCCUCGCCUUGUUUCGGAGCUCCAUCAUCAACUCUAAAUAUGGAGGUUCCGAGCAGCCGGUUUUUUCAGUUCUCAACGUCUCGAAUGCAAACGAAUCUAUGGAUCGCUAUCAUGCCUACAAAUCGAUCGCGAAUGACCCCAAAAAUGGCCUUGUCAUGAUCGCCCAUCUUGAGUCAAUUAGCUCGAUGACGCGUAAUGGUAUGCAAGAGCCCGGCUCAAAACCGGAUCCGUCCGGUUUCAGUGCCCACGAGUGUGCUCUGUGGUUUUGUGUACAAGCCUACAAUAUUUCCAUGACCAAUGGCAACCUCAAACAAGCCACAGUAGGGAGCUGGUCGAAGAGCAAGCGAGGUUCCAAUUACAAUUACCACUUUGCAACCCCUCCGCCAGAAUUCAACAUACCUCAUAACGCCAGCUUCCAGAUAAGUACUCAAGUGGUUCAGAUUCUCGGGGAUUCGGUGAAGUCAGCAAUCGGAGGGUAUGUCUCAAACAGCGAGGGUAACAUUUAUAUGACCAAUAUGACAGUAUCGGGGAUAUACGCCAGGAUGAACGAUCUAGACAGAUGGAUUGACAAUUACGCCCGCAUCAUGACCCAGAGCCUUCGGUCUAUCGCUGACUCCUCCCCUGUAACCGACACAUACUACCUGGGGACUGCCUUCAGGGACCAAAUUUACAUCCACGUCCGGUGGGCUUGGCUGGCAUUCCCGGCUGCCAUGAUUAUUGGUACCUGUCUUUUGCUUCUUGUCACCAUCUGGAAGACAGAUAGAAGCCCGGUUGGACCAUGGAGAAACAGUUCGCUCGCGCCCUUUUUUACCGAGACAGAUGAGAAACUGCAACUCGCUGCUCAAGGUGCAAUGCGCAGCUAUGGAGAGAAUCUUAUAAUGGCAGUUGGACGAGAGAAUGUGCGAUUAACUGAUGUUGAUGGUAAAUGGAAGUUCGAUUAG